UAGCUUUGAUGAUGUUUAGAAAAAAUGAAUUGUGUGGUGUUUUUGGGGUUAUAGAAAUGAUGUUUGUGGACUUUGUUGUAGUUUUAUAUUCACCAGGCUGAGUUAUGUGAUACGAGAGAUAAUUUAGUGAUUCAUAUCGCUAAAUUAGCUCGUCAUUAGAUGGAUAGAAAGGGACUCUUUCAACUGCCUACACGAUGAAAUGAAAUAAUUGCUGGUGUUGAUGGAUUGUAUAUAUGAAUGUUCUUCCUCUGUGAGCCUAGAUAGCACACAGAUUAAGGAGAAUGAAUGUGAGUAAUAAUGAUACUAGACAAUGAGGUUUUUGGAUUAGUUGGCUGAUUGAAUCAGUAAAAAUGAUGAAGGUUUAUUUGAAAGUGAUGGUCCGUGAUGUUGUACAUGUCGAUAUUUUGUUGAUUAUUUAUCAUCAUCCAGUCUACCCUGACACACUCAAAAUAGUUGAUGGUGGUAGUGGUAGUGGUGGACCUUGGAGUGGGGGUGUCUCGACAGGGUGUCAGAGAAGCAUCAGGCAGUUGGGCCACUUGUUUCGUUUUCGCUCAAGAUUUUAUAGUCACUCGAGUACGCGUUGCCGUAGUGGUAACAUCGGGGGCACGCUAGAAUCAACAGUGAUUUCACCAAGUCUUUCAUCCAGUCAUUAGUGAAUGUGAUAAAUAAAUCAUCAUUAAAAUUCAAAUAAUGCCAAUAAAAUUCUACGAGUUUUAUUUUUAUAAACAAAUAAACCAAUCCAGAAUCAUAAAGCUGUAAAUUUUGAAUAUCAAAAUAACCUAUAAGAAAAAUAAAUGGUACAAAGUCCAAAGAUAUGCUCUUCAAUUAAGCUCAUUUAGACUCAUUGCCUUAUUCUUGUGCUGUUUAUUGUGAGUUAAACGAAAGUCAGCAGCAAAUUAGUGCUAGUGCUUGUGUAUUUAAUAAACUUCAUUCAUCAUCAUUAAACCUAUCAUCACCAAGUCCAAGAAUUUCAUCAAAAAUGGCUACAGAAUUAUCACGGGAUGUUGACACACACAUAGUCAGCUUGCUAACAAAGAUAGCAGCCCUCCAAGAAAGUACAAAAGACCGGCCUGAGAGUCGUAGAGCAUCAAUGUCAACAGAAGCUAGAAGUCUCGAACUAUGGCGAGCAGUUGCUGUUGAAUGUUUCGCUACAUUUUUAUUUUCACUUGUUGUUCUUGGUGCUGCAGCAUCAUCAAAUGUUUACGGAAGUGGUUUGUCUGUCUUAGCAACAGCCAUAGCAUCAGGUUUUGCUAUAGCAGCUAUCUACCUCAUUUUUGGACACAUCAGUGGUGGUCAUGUUAAUCCUGCUGUAUCCCUUUCCUACGUCUUCUCACGUAAAAUAUCACCAUUAAGAUCAGCUCUGUAUGUUGCUGCACAAUGUGGGGGUGGCAUUGCCGGUGCUGCGAUGCUUUAUGGAGUCACUGGCACGCAAGUCACGCCACAAAAUGCUCGGUUGGGAGGUGCUGUGGAGAAGCUUUUAGUUGAAAUGGCAUUGUCUAUCCUGAUUGUCAUGGCCCAUUUGUCUGCUGAUCCUGCUAAGACGUCUCAGAUAUUUUUGAGUAAAUCUGCUGGAGUAUUGGCUGCUUCAUAUACUGCGGCAACACUCGUAUCGAGUCCAUAUUUAAAUCCAGCUAGAGCUUUAGGCCUUUCUUUCGUGAUAAAUAACUGGACAAACCACUGGGUCUACUGGGUGGGCCCAAUAGCAGGUGGUGCAUUAGCAUCCCUACUCCACGAGUACGUCUUGAGUCCCAAGCGUCCACGAGAAUCACGAGAAAUUGACGAUGGUGAUAACUCUUCUUUGCGAUCUGACGAAGACACCUAUGAUGACUUUGAUAAACCAACGGGUCCUAAAUUCCCAGGAGCUUACGCAACAUACCGACCAGUUGGUGGAGCCACUUCCAGUCUUUAUUCAGCUCCAGCCACUGCCAUAGAACGUGUGGAAUCAAUAUACGGUGGAACCAAGUCUCUUUACUGCAAAUCUCCCCCUCUAACUCGUGCUAAUUUAAACCGAUCUCAAAGUGUUUAUGCAAAAUCUACUUCUCCAAGGGAAGCAUUUGUGAUUCCCAAACCAGGACCGUUGGUUCCAGCUCAGAGUUUGUAUCAAAUGAGAUUAGGAAAUAAUACUACAAUGCCUCCGCCAACGAGAGACCAACUGUUGACCUCUGCUUCAUCAUCGCAGCCUCAUAGUUCUCAAAAUCAGACCCAGAAUCAUAAUAGUACCAAUCAGAACAUGCAAAAUCAGCUUCAACAAUGCACUCAAAGCAUCUAUGGUAUUCGAGGAAUCUCUACAAGUCUCAGUGCUAGGGAAAAUGGAAUCUAUGGAGUGACUACAUCAUCAAGCAUUUAUGGACGAGCUCCUGCACCACCUCCAGGCUCUCAAACUCCACCUGCUACACAAUCAAAUCAAUCUCCUGGACCUCAUCAACCACAAAAUCAACAACAAAGCUCUGAGUCUGGACCUAGAAGACCUGAAAGCAUGUAUGGACAUGUCUCGAGAAGGAGUGAUGAUUCAGCUUAUGGUAGUUAUCAAGGUUCCAACAGGGGUAAUUAUGGUAAAGCACCUGGACCUCCACCUCCACCACCACCUGGCAUGGGGGCGAGUCAAUAUAGAGAUCAGAGACCCAGCCCUGGUCCUCUUCAACAGAAUCAAGCUCAAAAUUUCCAGAGGAAUUCACCUAAUCCUCAGUAUUGAAGCUCAGUUUGGUGCUGAUCUUCAUUCAGACU